AUGGAGGAUAAGAUCCAUCAAAUGGAGAAUAAGCUCCAUCACACUGAUCCCGAGCCUGCUAAAGUUUCCUUCCUCAAUCGCAUCGAUCUUUCCAGUCCCGAUAUUAACCUAUCUGCAUGUUUAGAUUCUGGAUUUUUUUACGUGAUCAAUCAUGGGCUAUGUGAAGAAUUGAUGGAGGAGGUAUUUGAGCAAAGCAAGAAAUUUUUCGAGUUGCCAUUAAGUGAGAAAAUGAAAGUUUUAAGGAACGAGAAGCAUAGAGGCUACACUCCUCUUUUGGAUGAGCUUUUGGAUCCUGAUAAUCAAGUUCACGGAGAUUAUAAGGAGGGAUAUUACAUUGGAGUCGAAGUCCCUGAAGAUGAUCCUGAAGCUGGGAAGCCAUUUUAUGGGCCCAAUGUUUGGCCUGCAGAUGAUAUUUUGCCCGGUUGUAGGCAGACCAUGGAGAAGUUUUAUCUAGAGGCAUUGGAGGUAGCAAGAGCCAUAGCAAGGAUCAUAGCACUUGCACUUGAUCUGGAGGCUGAUUUCUUUGAUAGGCAAGAAAUUCUUGGCCAGCCACUUGCACUCUUGCGAUUGCUAAAGUAUCCAGGUCAGAUUUCUGAUCCCUCAAAUGGAUUAUAUGGAGCUGGAGCACAUUCUGACUAUGGUCUCAUUACCCUCUUAGCCACAGAUGAUGUUUAUGGCCUACAAAUAUGCAAGGAUAAAUAUGCUCAACCUCAAGUAUGGGAAUUUGUAGCCCCAUUGAAAGGGUCCACAUUGCACAGAGUUUUAGGGAAUGGUCAAGAACGAUAUUCUAUUGCUUAUUUUGUGGAACCUAGUUAUGAUUGUCUUGUGGAAUGCUUGCCAACCUGCAAGUCAGAAAAAAAUCCUCCCAAGUUUCCUCCCAUCAAAUAUGGGGAUUACCUGGGUCAACGCUACAAGGAUACUCAUGUUGACCUGAAUGUGUACAGAAAACAGUAA